AUCGAGCUUUAGCCCGGUCGAAGCAGCAGCCGAUCGCAGGGAGCUCGAACGCCCGGAGGCCGAAAACGAUGCCGUCGAUCAUCCAAGAGGAAGAGCCCCUGCUCGCCCCGAACCCCGACCGCUUCUGCAUGUUCCCUAUCCAGUACCCCCAGAUCUGGGAGAUGUACAAGAAGGCCGAGGCCUCCUUCUGGACCGCCGAGGAGGUCGACCUCUCCCAGGACCUCCGCCACUGGGACUCCCUCUCCCCCGACGAGCGCCACUUCGUCACCCACGUCCUCGCCUUCUUCGCCGCCUCCGACGGCAUCGUCCUCGAGAACCUCGCCGUCCGCUUCAUGAAGGAGGUCCAGCUCUCCGAGGCCCGCGCCUUCUACGGCUUCCAGAUCGCCAUCGAGAACAUCCACUCCGAGAUGUACAGCCUCCUCCUCGAGACCUACAUCAAGGACUCCGCCGAGAAGGACCGGCUCUUCCGCGCCGUCGACACCGUCCCCGCCGUCGCCCGCAAGGCGGACUGGGCCCUCCGCUGGAUCGACGGCGCCGAGUCCUUCGCCGAGCGCCUCCUCGCCUUCGCCUGCGUCGAGGGCAUCUUCUUCUCCGGCAGCUUCUGCUCCAUCUUCUGGCUCAAGAAGCGCGGCCUCAUGCCGGGGCUCACCUUCUCGAACGAGCUCAUCUCGCGGGACGAGGGGCUCCACUGCGACUUCGCCUGCCUGCUCUACUUGCUGCUGAGGAGGAAGCCGAGCGAGGAGCGCGUGAGGGGGAUCGUGCGGGAGGCGGUGGACAUCGAGAGGGAGUUCAUCUGCGACGCGCUCCCGUGCGCUCUGGUGGGGAUGAACCAGGACCUGAUGGGGCAGUACAUAGAGUUCGUCGCCGACCGGCUCCUCGGGGCGCUCGGGUACGGGAAGAUGUACAGCGCGGCGAACCCGUUCGACUGGAUGGAGCUCAUCUCGCUGCAGGGGAAGACCAACUUCUUCGAGAAGCGGGUCGGGGAGUACCAGAAGGCCUCGGUCAUGUCCAGCAUCAACGGCGACGGCGGGAGCCACGUGUUCAAGAUGGACGAGGACUUUUAGAUGCUUCCGUUGGGGCGUGGUGUACCAAAUACUGUCUCACUUUUUCUCUUUUUUUUUUUUUUUUUUUUUUGCAACUUAUUUUGGUUUUGGGAAAUGAUAAUGUUAUAAAAGCCGGUUCGUUGUGAA